UCCAGCCGGAGCCCCUGAGCAGGGCGGCGGCAGCAGGAGGCGGCGGCUAUGGGACAGCGAAUGGGCACGGCGCUCCUACUCGUCGCGCUGGGGUACCUGGUCAGGUCACUGACUGCAGAAGCCCAGUGUGAAAACAUUUACCAAGAUUUAUCUGACUGCAUCUUAAAACUAGGAGAAAAUAUGGCCAGCUAUGAGGAAGAAGAGGAGGAGGAAGAUGAAAGGGACCAGAUGCAAGGACUGUCUGCUGUCUGCGGAUAUUGGGAAGAGUUUCACACCUGUGCCGUGGCUGCCCUUUGGGAGUGCCAGAGGGAGGCAGCAACUAUCUGGGAGAUGUUGAGAAAGGAAUCUAGGAAAAUCAAAUUCCAAGGCAGCCUUUUUGACCUCUGCGCCUCCAGCAACUCCCAGAAUUUCAGCUCCUUGCAGAUUCCAUCUAUUUCGCUGUUAAGCAUCACUUUGAUGGUCACUUGGCUUAAUUUAUAA